UGUAAACUGUGUAGGAGGACGUUUGUUAACGUAUCACGUGGUCAGCGGCAGUAAACAUGAGCGACAAUAAUUACCGCUUACUUGGGAUUCAUACUUCAGUAGAGGGAAGGACUGAUGAACGACACGGGUGGUCCAAGUACCAGCUGUUGGAUCUGCCCUGGGAGGAUGUCCUCGUCACACAUGUGCUGUGCUACUUGCCUUUACGACAACUGGUCAGCCUUCAGCGAGUGAGCAAGAGCUUCCGCUCAUUAAUUCAGGUUUAUCUGGCCAACUGCCACUCAUUCGACCCCACACAGACGGGGCCUCAUGUUCCUAAGGAAGCUUUUUGUUCCAUGCUCUGCGAUAAUAAAGUCCUCCAGAGUCUCUCUGUACAUGGCUGUUGUGACUGGAUCACUGAUGAGGAGCUGCUUCCUGUAAUCGGUCAGAACCAGCAGCUGCAGCGUGUGGACCUUCACGGCUGUGUCCACCUCACUCGGCACGCUCUGGUGGCUGUGGCUCUUGGUUGCCCCCGUUUGCAGCACCUGGGCCUGGCUCACUGUGAGUGGGUAGAUAAUCUGGCACUGAGAAGUCUAGCAGAUCACUGCAACGAGCUACGAACGCUGGACCUCACCGCCUGCAGGCAGCUGAGAGACGAGGCCGUGUGUUAUGGGGCGGCGCAUUGGCCCAUGCUGCGCUCCAUCUCUGUGGCCAUCAAUGCCAACAUCACAGACACGACUGUGGAGGAAGUGGCCAAGCACUGCAGAGAGCUCGAGCAUCUCGACCUGACCGGAUGUCUGAGGAUUCACAAUGAGGCCAUCAAGACUGUGGCUGAAUACUGCCCUAAACUGCAGUCUCUGAAGGUGAAUCACUGUCACAACGUUACUGAGUCCAGUCUGGGUGUGCUGCGAAGGCGGAAUGUACAGAUUGACGUGGAGCCUCCCCUGCAGAGGGCGCUGGUGCUGCUACAGAAUGUUGUUGGCUUUGCUCCCUUCAUCAACCUACAGAUAUAACAGUACAUGGGUGGGUGUGUAUCAUACCUCUCUGAAGAGUGCUGCUGUUACUCAGUGAACUUUACGCUCAUCAGUCAGGUGUGAUUUUAUGAGAGGUGUGGUACAUACGACCCCAAGAUGAAAGCAGGACUUCCUUCAUCCUUGAUCUAUUUGGAGUGACUCCCUGUGCUGGUGCAGUGCAAUAACAUUGACAGUGUACUUUUAUGAAAUAUCUGUUUCAGUUAUGCCUAUAUAUUGAGUAUAUAUACUGUAUAUAUUGUUCUACCAGGGGUUCCACCAGCCCUGUUUCCAGACAUGAAAUAUUACAUGAGGUGCAGUAAUACAAAGGCAUCGUAACUCUUCCAGCUGCUGCAGCAUGCAUGACUGAUUAGAGACCGUUGUGUUUACCUCUCAUAAAAAUGUCAUUGGAGCCAUCAUACUUGAGAUUUGCAUGCGUAAAUGCAAUGUCUUUUAGUUAUUCAGAUACAUUGUGUUGUUGUUUUUUUGGUUUUGCUCUUAGCACUCAUUUCGAUUAGGAACAUAUGAAUUGGGAUUGAACGUACUUACAUAAGUAAUUGUUGGAAAUGUACUGUUUAAUAUUUAAUUUAUUAAUUGUUCAAUGGUAAAAAUCAGCUUUGUAUAAUUUUGCACUUACUGAAAGACUGAAGGAAACAUGCUGCAUCAAAGUAUCUGUUGAUUUUGGUUAUAAUUUACAGAGCAGAUUGUGAGUUGUAUUUUGUGUUAAGAGUGUUUGUGGAUAUACAUGAAAAUGCUAUUUCAUACAAACACCCAAAGCAAUUAUUAUUUCUACGUGAAUAACUUGAAACUGCCACCGAACAACCUCAACAUACCAGAUUAGCUUUAAACCAGACUGAAUGUGUUUAUUAUCACAUGUAACUCAUUCUAGGGAUGACAGUAAGAUUUCAGUCUAGUACCUUAGAUUUAUGUUGUAAAAUGUAAUUGAACUAAAGAAUUUGCACCAAGGUUGGAUUGGUGCUAUAAUGGAGUGGAUUAUGCAGCUCGAUUAUACAGCACUUGUCAUUAACACUGAAGGUUCAAGUGUUCUGGGCUCCACAAUUAUUCCGGAUCACUCCAUGAAUGAGUUUUAUUAUUAUUGUUGGGUUUUUUCUGUUAAAACUACAAUGAUUGUAAUACAAUUUAUUCUACAGCAGUUUUGUACAUGUCCAGUAUGGCACAAGCUUUGCAUUUUUUUACAUUUUGGCCUGUUUAAUGUUUAUUUGUUCCGAUUAUAUGUUAUAUAAAUGUUAUAAAUGAUUGGUUAUACAAUAGUACAAUAUUGUGCAAUAAUACAAUAAUAUGCAAUAUUGGUGAGGUUUUGGAAAGCUUUAUUUAAUGUCUAAUAGCAUUUUAUAAAUUUCACAGUUUGACUUGUUUACAGAUUUUCUGAUCCUGAUGCAUAGCCUUGCACAGAAUCAGCAUUUUGUCUGCACUGAAAUCAUUCAGUAGAAAUAAAGGUUUUAAGAAGUUUAUUUUCUACAUUUAAAAAUAAAUGGCUUGACCUUUCAAAAAAUUUAGAUUUGGGUAUAUAGAAAUUGUAAACGCCCCCAAACUGAACACACUCUUUCACUAGUCCUGGUCACUGUUCAGUGUUCAAUCCUGAGCUAGGGUUACUGUCUGUGUGAUCGUCACAUGUCCCAUCCCCAACUUUCUCCCUAGGUGUGAAUGAGUGUGUAUGUUGUGCCUUCUUAUGUACUGGCUCCGGAACAGGAUAAAGCAGCUACGGGUUUGGCAAAAGAAUGCAGCGAACAUGAGAUCAGUCUAAAUGUUCAAGUUAAGCUUCUUGAGAGUAUCUAACUACAAAAAAAACAUAUUAUGUAAAACUUAAGGAGAAUAUGAGUAACAAAAGAACUCAGUAAAACCACAAGAGGUCAGUAGAGAAUAUAGGAACUGCUUACUGAACUUAUGGCAUCAGAGCUAUUUUUGUCGCUUGUUCUGCUGAUCAGCAUUUCAGCAUUAUAUUAGGUUCGAAAGGGAGCCAUUUGGAAUUCAAUCUCUCUCUCUCUCUCUCUCUCUCUCUCUCUCAGACUAUGAUGGUCUGCUUACACUGCUUCACUGCAGUUACCACUGUCAUGAGCAAAUUGUGCAUUUUAUGCAUGUUGCCACAGCAGCCUAAUACCCUGGGCAGUAUGUUCUGCACCAUCCAGAACUGAAAGUAAAAUGGGGCAUAUAUGCUAAUAUCCAGUCUCAAAAUAAUUUCUGACUUUGACAUUUGUGACAUUUCAUAAUUCUUAAACUAUAAUGUUACUGUCAUUUUUUUAAGAGAAAUAAUAAGGCAUUUGCCUUAACUGGAAUAAUCUAUCAGCAAUAUUAAAAAUUGUCAGUUAUGAGUGCAUCAAUGCUAGAAAUUUUUAGGUUUGGUUUAGCUUGUAUUAAAUGGCAUUGGCCAUAUAAUGUGUGUGUGUGUG